UGGGUGGUUUCUUUUUGGGUAUAUUCUUUUUCUCUCUCUCUCUCUAAAAUUAAUUUAUAACUGAUCACCUAUACAUAUACAAAGAUAUAGACCAGUUUUUACAUUUUAGAAAGAAAGGGCGGGGGAGCUUUAUGCAAAUUUUGCAAGUUUUUUUUCCCUUAAUUUACAUUCUUGGGUCAAGCAUUGAUUCGUCGUCUCAAGUGGUUGAAUUUCCUCCAGAAAUCUAAGGGAUUUAGAAAAUGGAAAAAUAUUAUCUGUGCGUGGAUUUCCAUUACACAGUCAUGUUUCUGGAGAAUUUGUAAUAAAUGAAAUCUUUGUUCGCUUGUUCUUCAAUGUCUUUCUGAGAUAAUGGUGCCAACGUGAAUAAUGGCAGCUUGUUAUGUUUUUUAUUUGAGGUGAAAAUGGAUGAUGAAGGUGCCAUCUGGAUUGGCUAGUCCUCUGCUUGAUAACUCUUUUAGAUUGUCCCCAUAUCCACAUUGAUUUCUCAGCAUUACCUGAAAAUUGGUUCUCUUCAAACUAUUUCUGAUAACAUAUUAAUUACAAGUUCAGAAACUAAACAUUCGCUUACAUAGUUAGAUGGAGGAGUUAAUUUUGCCUCCAUUUCAGAAGCAGAGCAUUCACACUUCUAGAAGAUGUGCACCAAGCAGUAAAGAUAUAUGGGUUGCUGUCCGAGAGGGGUCUGUGUCUGAUGUAGACUCAACAUUGGCAUUGCUGAAGAAAAAUGGGGGAAACAUCAAUGCAAGGAAUUCAUUUGGUCUCACACUUCUUCAUAUUGCAACAUGGAGAAAUCAUGUAGCUAUUGUUAGAAGGCUGCUUGCGGCUGGUGCAGACCCGAAUGCGAGGGAUGGUGAAUCAGGAUGGAGCAGCCUUCACAGAGCUCUUCAUUUUGGUCAUCUUGCAGUUGCUUGUGUCCUCCUUCAAUCUGGUGCUUCUAUCACACUGGAAGACUUGAAAUCUAGAACACCGGUUGAUCUGCUCUCUGGGCCUGUGAUGCAGGCUGUUGGGAAGGCUAACAGUUCAGGUAUCGCCACCGAGGUUUUCAGCUGGGGGAGUGGUGUCAAUUAUCAACUUGGAACUGGAAAUGCUCACAUUCAGAAAUUACCAUGCAAAGUUGAUUCACUUCAUGGAUCAUUCAUUAAACUGGUUUCUGCUUCAAAGUUCCACAGUGUGGCUGUUACUGCACUCGGAGAAGUCUACACCUGGGGAUUUGGAAGGGGUGGCCGUCUUGGGCAUCCCGACUUUGAUAUACACAGGUAAAGGACUCACUUUAGCCAUUUCAGGCAGUUAC